CAUUAAUCAAAAUUAAUAACUGCCAGUGUGGAAAGUCAUUUAGUUGUUAGUUUACAUUUUAGUUUAAAUUUGAAGUGCACCAUUGUCAGCCGAAACUAUAUGUCUCUGUGAACUCCCAUUUUAUUUAGAGCAGUGAAACGAACUAGUAUAGAUGAACCUGCUUAUUGGUUCAUCACUUAUUUGUCAAAACAAACCGUGGGGGCGAAAAUAACGGGAAUGAAAUGAUUUUGCGUUCAUGGGACCAUGUUCGACCGCGAUGCUUCGCUGAUUUGUCGUGCUUACUACUGUUGGUGGUGUUUAUCCCCGUCACAUAUGUCUUCCAUAUGACUCUUGUGCUGCCGGAGUUGUUUGGAGUCGGCAGCUUCUGGUACACGGUGAUUUGGGUGGCCGCUCAGUUUCUGAUAUUUAACAUCACCGCGAAUUUACUCGCCUGCAUGCUGGUGGACACCACAAUUAGAAUGGAGCUUCUGAAGCCGCCUCUGGAUCCCGAUCUGCGAGCCCGUUGGCAUAUGUGCAACGAGUGCCAGGCGCUAGUGCCACCCCGGUCCUGGCACUGUGAGGUCUGUAACGUGUGUGUGUUAAAGCGGGACCAUCAUUGCCGCUUUACCUGCUGUUGCAUUGGACAUCACAAUUACCGCUAUUUCGUCUACUUUCUACUGUAUCUGAUGAUUGGGUCUUUCGUUGCGGGCAUCCUGGGCGGCAUCUAUCUGUGGAAUGUCCAUUUCGACUUCUAUUAUAGGCCAUUCACCCUGAUCACAGUGUUUGUGCCCGCUGUGAGCCUCACUCUGAGCCCCAGCUGGGAAAGCUUUUAUUUACUUACAUACCUACUCACUUGGCUGGCCUUCGGUAUAUCCACUAGUCUACUACUAGUCUACCACUGGCCUAUAUUAAAAUUGGGUUCGGUGGCAAAGGAGCGCCGCAGUCGCAACUACGACCUCGGGAUGCGGGCUAACAUGGAAAUGAUUUUCGGCAGGCGCAUGUACUUGACGUGGUUAUCACCGUUUGUGCACAGCGAGCUGCCUCACGAUGGCAUCAACUGGGAGCCGGUUCUCACACAUCUAACGAAAGAGGAUUAACACUGUCAAUCCUCAUUAGUCAGCACUCGAAUAGUUGGAUCUCAAUUAUAUCAAUAUUAUAGUAUUAAUUUAGCACAUACCAAUGCAUUUACUUAACAAUCGUGUUUAUAACAAUCAAUUACAAACGAAUCUUUACAAUAAAGUUUACUACUUCUCAAA